GGAUCAGUAGGUGAGUGGACGAAGGAUUAAACAGUGUGACAGAAUAUGGGGGAAGAGAAAAAGGGAAUUAGAUCGGGAUCAAGAGAAAAGUGAACUAGAUACCUGGAAGAGGUAGCGGGUAAAGAAGAAAGGAGAGUGAGAGUAUACAAACGAAGUGUCCACUUGGAACGAAGACUGAGCACUUGUUUCUGAAAUUGGGUGGACCCCUCGCUAAAAAACUUGACAUCAACCACCACAGCUACCAUGUACAGUGGAUAUGGAGGGAGUCCAUCCCGAACUCUCUCCACCAUGUCACUAUCUGUUCGCCCAGCCAGACGCCUCACAUCCAGAUCCAUCACUAGGAGCCAGAGCUUUACUGGAGUCAACACCUACGACAAACCCUACAGGAGCCUCUCAGUGUUCAGCACUCCAGGUCUCAACAGGAAGCCCAGCAGAGCCAGCAGGAUGUUCACAAUGUCUACCAAGUCCAACCCUCCACCUAAGGUUCCUCAACCAGAGCGACUGGAUCAGGUCUACGAGGCGCUGAAGAAAGGCCUUCAGUCUUACCUGCAGGUUCAUCAGAUGGACUUGGACAGCCUCAGCAGACAGAUGAAAGAAACAAAGAGGAACUCCAGACUGGGUUUCCUGUAUGAACUGGACAAGCAAGUGAAGGUGACUGAGAGGUACAUAAGACGACUGGAGUUUCACCUCAGCAAGAUUGAGGAGCUAUAUGAAGCCUACUGCCUGCAGAGGAGACUCAGGGACGGAGCCAACAAGAUGGUGAAGGCUUACACUGCCUCUCCAGGCAGUAAGGAAGCCAAGGAGAGUUUAGCAGAAGCCAAUAAAGGAUACAAAGAGUACACAGAGAACAUGUGUGUGUUGGAGAGUGAGUUGGAGAACCAGCUGGGGGAGUUCCACAUUAAGAUGAAAGGUCUGGCUGGAUUUGCUAGAUUGUGUGCUGGUGACCAGUAUGAGAUCUUUAUGAAGUAUGGUCGGCAGCGGUGGAAGCUCCGAGGCAGAAUAGAGAUCAAUGCCAGACAGCUGUGGGACAGUGAGGAGAUGGUGUUUGUGCCGCUCAUCAGUGAGUUCCUCUCUGUGAAGGUAACAGAGCUGAAGAGCUUAGCCAAUCACGUGGUUGUAGGAAGUGUUUCCUGUGAGACUAAGGACCUGUUUGCUGCACUACCCCAGACGGUUGCUGUGGAUAUUAAUGACCUUGGGACUAUUAAGCUAAGCCUCGAAGUCACCUGGAAUCCAUUUGAUAAAGAUGACCAGGGUUCAGUGGCAAGCACUGUCAACAAAGCUCCAACUGUCAGUAAGAGAAUCUCAACAAUCUUCAACCAGAGUCCACCUGACACGCCAUCUUUGCGUGAACAAGCCUUCUAUAACAUGCUCCGCCGUCAUGAAGAGCUGGAGAAUGGAGCAGCGUGGUCUAAUUCAUCUGAAUCUUCUGAUGACUCGUCCAGUCCUCGGCUUUCUGUAGGAGGGCAACGCAGCUCUUCACCUCAUAAGGCAGUGGUGGUGACACCAGACAUCCAGCCAGCUGGUAGUGGAAGUUCUUCCCCUCAGCCUGACAUCUCAUUUUGCCCCAGAGACUCCUUCUCCUCAACUCCAAACUCCAGCCACAAAGUCAGUGCUGUCAGUGACACGUCCAGACAGCAAGCAGAGAGCAACAGGGAAGAAGAGAAGGGGACAGUUACUGUGGUGACCAAACCUGACAGUGAGGAAGAGGAUGCAGGGAAACAAUCUUCCAUACCAGCAGUGGAUGGGGUGUUGACCAACAGCCACACCUCACGCAGCUACUCGCGCUCUCUGAGCCACAUUAGUGAAAGUAGUGCUGAUGGCAUUGUGUUGACUGACAGGUCAGCCGAAUCAGGAGACGUGAUGUCUUUGGCGUCCGGGCUCUCCAUCAAUGACAUUGAAAUGGAGAUGCCCAGCAGAACUCCUGAGCCACCUGUCUCUGCUGCCACAGAUAUUGACCUCUCAACAAGGCUCUGUGUCGUUAAAGAAAACAUAGCAGCUGAUGAUGUCACAGAUCAACAUCAACACAGGAAGCAACAGGACACAUCCAGCUCUGUCCUAACAUCCUCCUCUCCAAGAACUGAAGGAGUGGACCUUAACACUCUGUCACAAAUGAGCACACACUCACAGCCAGAGUGCAGCACACUCCCAGAGAGUGGGGAUGUGUUGUAUAUAGCCCAGCGGGUGUCAGUGGAGGAGGAGAUGCCGGCUGCAGGAGCAGAGUGUUCCUCCAAAGAGGGCGAUGGUCCAGUGGACAGUGGGCUGGAAGAUGCUCUGACAGCUGUGGUUUCCUCUCUGGAUGAUUACAGAGGACAGUUCCCUGAGUUACAACUGCUGGAACAAGAGCUGAAGCUGCUGCAGGUUACACUGAAGGGCGGUAGGCACAGCCGUUCACCCAGUGUGGUCAGCCUCACAGUGGAAACAGCUCUAGGCAGCUUUGACUUCCUCAACACAUCUGACUGGGAGGAGGAAGAGGAGGAGAAGGCUGACAAGAGGAGUAGAAAUGGCAGGUCUCUGCAGGACAGAGGCUGGGACAGCCCCUCCUCCCCCCCUUGCCCCCUCACCACAGGCUGCUCCACCUUAGACCGCACCCUGGUGGUCCACUUGAAGAACUGCAGCACACAGCUGUUGUGUCUGGGUAUGUUUGGUCCGCUACGGUGUGGAGAGAUGUACGCCUUGGACAGACUGCUGAGAGAGACUCGAGUCCUUGAAGUCAUCCGACGCAUCGCUAAGGACAACCCAAGACGUCCAAGACAGCCUGCUGAAGUGAUACCACAGCUGGGCCUGUGCCGGGGAGCUGUGUCACUCUGGCAGCAGUGUGUGGGGCAGGGCAGUGUGUACAGCGUCUCUGCUGAGAACUUGCUGGUUACAUUGUCUACACUCUACUCCAGAAUGCUGCCUGAGAGGGCCAGCAACAUGGCCAACACAGUGUUCUUGUGUCUGGUUGAGCGAGUGCUGGAUCAGAGGUUACCGCGGCGGGGCAGUAACAGAGAGGGAGUGAUGGUGACGCUGUUCCAGCUGUGGAGUUACUUGGAUGCCAAUGGCAUCAGUAAUAUAGAAACACACAUUGCUGAGCUGGCAGAAGAAGUGUGGUUGGUGCAGAGUCUGGCGUCAUGUGACCAGGAUGUGAUAGUGCAGACUCUGCGGCGUCCUGCAGAGUGCAGCCUGAGGAGAGAGGGUCUUCACGCUGUGGCCAAAUUACUGAAAGACCCACGAGGCAAAGUGUCAGCCUCUGCCAGCUCUGUGCUGAGGAGCCUGGCUGCCCAGCCCAGACAGAGAGAGCAGGCUUUGGUCAGCUGUUUGGAGCUGCUGGAAGAUGAGAAUGUGGACACCAGAGUCUGUGGAUGCAAGGCCUUAGCUUGUCUCAAGGCCAAAGAAAGUAUUGACCAGUUGGUGUAUCUUUGUCGGACGGACAAAGAUGAAGUCCGAGAUGCUGCCAAACAAGCGCUGCUGGUGCUCGGUGAAGAGGGGAAGAUGGCCCACAGACAUGUGGAGACGUCUCAGGACAGCAUACCAAGACUCUUUGCUCCAGGAAGCAUGGCCAGCACAGCUUUCUAACACCACACACAUACAUACACACACACACACACACACACACACACACACACAGGUGGGAGCAAAAAACAAAGUCAGCACAGCAACACAAUAUGAAUGUUGUGUUUUGGCAGUGCUUUGACAUGAUGUCUCGGUGAGAAUAGUUUUUUUUCUUCUAUCCAAUGAGACUAGCAACAAAUCUAAUAUAUGGUAUACAGUAUAUACACUGUCAGAGGGGCUGCAAUAAUACUCACAGCAAUUUAACACUGGGCAAACACAACAACAAGCUGCAAACACACCAGUUCAUGUUUAUCAGCCUGUAAAGAUGUAAUGAAGAAUGUUAGCGGACUUGAAUGGAAGGAUGGAUAAAGGGAGGAGUAGAAGGAAGAAAUGAGGGAAGAUAUGGAGAAGUUAAGAGGACAGAAACUUGUCCUGAGUCAUAAUCAAGUCAAAUCACUGGUCCAACUCCUUACUAUCACAGUCAAGUCCUUCCAUGGCCCAGGCACAAAUACAUUAUUUUGAAGUGAGUUAGCAAAAGUCUAGAAAGCUAUUUAAAGUCACUUUGUUAGAUAAUUAAUAUUUUCUUAGCCUAAGUGCCCAAAAUGCUGAGUUUCAUGUAUUUUUUUAUAAGUUUUAUUACUUCACCUCUCUGUGGGUUUGACUGGUCACACGGUGAACAGUCGGCAUAGAGUAAAUAUUCCACAGUAUAACACUACCCCUAACAUUACAUAACACUGCUUUUCGCAAUGGAUACUGCUGUCUCUAGUUUUGGCGAAAAUGAGUUUUUAAACAAUCCUAGACGGACAGCUCGCUCUGUGAAGUGACAUGCCUGCAAACUGAAAAAGAUGUUUUCUCAUACAAGUCUGCCUUUCCUAAGCCUUUGGCUCUACUUAUGCUUGUUGGUUUUCAUGUUUGCCAGAUGGCUGUGAUCUGAACCAAGGCUGCGGUCAACACUACACAAGUCCAGUGGUUUUGUGACUGAGUCAAGGCCUGGUCCACCCAACAGUGCCCAUAAAUGUUGCAUUUUUUGCUAACAGUGAUUUGUGAUUACUACUCUUAGAAAUCAAAUAGUUUUACAAAACAAAAUAUUCUUGCACAGAGUUACAAGCUAUGAAAGGAUGAUGCCUGUCCACACAUAUAUGCAUAAGCCUACAUGUUUGAAAUGAGGAUGCUUGGAUGUUACAUGGCUAAGUUAAGGUGAUAUUAAAGAGUUGAGUGUGUCUAUGGGCGACUGGCAGCUGACCGACAGCAGAGCUACAGUCUGCUCUGAAGCAACAACAGUCAAAAGAACAAGUACAAGUCAAAAAGUGACAGAGGUAGUAAUGCAAAGAAUGAAAAAGGAGAGCUUGAUAGAAAUGGUCAAACACCACCUACUUUCAUACCUCCAAACACCUGUCCAAUCACUGCACGAGCUGUGUGUGAUUGUCAGGUUGUCGGUUACACAAACAUACAGAAACUAUUGGAAGUAAACGCUUUCAGUAUUACUUUGAUGCUUCAGCAGUCUGCCCUUUGGUACCACAGCAAAGACCACUUCUCAUUGAAAAGGAAAUAUAAAAAAUCAAAACAAACAUGGAAUAAACCUUGAAGAUCUUUAUUUUUGAGUGCAACGCUGUACUUGAGCCAAACUGCAUGUAUGUCUCAUCAAAGUGCAUCAGAUUCUUAAUUCAGAGGUUGUAGGUCACAGGCCUGUGUUGCCAAGGAGCCACACCCUGGGAAGCAAGGAAAUUAGUAAGGUUUUUAUUGGACUGUAUAAGAUGAUAUGAUAGAAAGAGAUAUGUCACACAUGUUCUUUUACAUUCUUCCUGGAUCUGUCAGUGGAGCUGGCGCCCUUUUUAGCCAAUUGUAUUAUAAAGCCACAUGUAAUGGGUGAGCAAGUGUUGGUUAGGAUGACAUGUUGUGGCUCAGCUCAGUCACAUCUGCAACACUGCCACUGCUGGCUUAUUAACUGUGAAAUGUCUUCCAGUUCAAAAGAUAAGAAAUGAAAGCUUUUUAUUCUCUGUCUCACAGGCCUUUAUGUUUCAUGCUGUCAGUGUACUGGCAACAGAUUGAAAAGAAAGAAAAGCAUAGCUCUCACUGGAGUUCUAUAGACAGGGUUGAGACUGCACAAAAUGUGUUAAGCUGCUUCUGCACCGAGAAUGGUUUAAGCAAUUCAGUGCCAUUACUCUUACAAUAAUGACAUACCUUAUUCUUUAUGGAAAUACAUAUAAUAUGACUAUAUGCCACUGGAAUUCAAUAUUCUGUGAUUGUAAAUUGUUUUUAUCUUAGCAGAGUCUUAAUUUGUAAAUGUAUGCUUUGUUUUAUAAGAUGCAUUUUUACUGUUUACAGUUUAAUUUCAGUCAUGCAACAAACUUGUUUAAUGGAUUGAUUGACUUUCUGCGGCACUUACUGUAACACUGACAUAUCUGCUGUAAAUGGGGUGGCAUUCUGUUUGGAGUCACUGAAGAUUUGCAUUACUGUCACACUGCUGUGGAGGAAUUUGUCUUUUGAGAAGGCAAAGACAGAUUAUUGAGUAAAUUGGUCAAUCCAGAUCUGGGAUCAGUUCACCUUAAAUUCACAUCAACAACAGAUGAACCUCAAACUUAAAAUUUCUGACUUUUAGGGUGCUUUCACACCUGUUGAGUUGAGUUAGUUUGGUCCACACCAGAGGGAAAAAUUAUUUAUUGUUGCAUUUUAGUUUUAGUUUGGUUCCUGUUCACACUGACUUUUUGCAAAUGAACAAAGAGGAUAUCAUGAAGUUCUACCAACUGACAGGUAACUCAUUGAUUGGACAGGUUUGGCGUUUGUCAUCCUGCAUCAUCAGUGCAUCAUCAGGACCCACGUGGGGAAAUCAAAUUCUGGUGACUGACAGAAUUUUAUGUAGCAGCACUUUAAUGCUUUGAAAGUUUUAUAUUUAUGUUCUUUGGUUUCACAAAGAGCUCUUAGAGAUGUAAGUGAUUGUAAGCAUUAUUAGGAGGCAAUUAUUAGACUGCAAAUCAAUGGCAUGUUAUGAAUAAUAACUAACGUAGAGACAGGAUGAAAAGAAGGCAUCUUGUACAGUAAUGACUCAGGGCUUAAUACUGUGGGAUCACUGUCACACACUUUUUAAUGGACCUAAUGAACAGACAAAGUACACAGAGUCGGAUACAAUGAUGGAAGAUUUAACAGCUUUUUAGUCAGGGAAAAUACCCUCACUGGUGUGCAUAUGUGUUACCAUGGUUACAUGUAUGCAUUAGCAUAAAUAGGUUAUGGGAUAUACGUGGCCUUUAUCAGGAUCAGUUAUGAGAUCGCGGAGAGAUUUCAUGAUCAGCAGAUGGAUUUAUUAUUGGUUUAGCUGUUGCUAAAAUCACAUGAAAUCCCGUAGUUGGUUUGUUAUCUUUCACACCACAAACGUACAGCACUGUUGGAAGCAGACCGAGACCCGCUUUUUACGGCGGCCGUGGUUUGGUUGUUUGUUUGUUUGGCCGCACCAGGGUUCGAUUGACAGCUUUCACACCAGCCCAAACAAACUGUACUAACUGCGCAGACCGACCUGAGUAGUUGUAACCAAACAGGUUAGGUGUGAAAGCACCCUUAGAAAGAAUAAGAAUUUACACUUGGCUCUGCUUUGUUAGUAUUAGCAUUCUAGAACAUUUAAAUAGGAAUAAUUAAUACAGAACUGGACUGCAUGUCAAGUAAACCGAUCCCAGACACUGAAUCAUAAAUUGUUAACGGGCCAUACCACUGUUUUUGCAUGUUUAUGCCAUUUACUACAAAUAACAUACUAAAAACUUUACAAUGCUGGUGACCAUUUUCCAAAGUCAGCCCAGUGCACUCACCGAAGAAAAAUUUUGAUUUAAGACCUUAUUUUGUAAUUACUGACCACAUAAUUACAACAUCUGUAUUUCAUUAAUUUCACUCAGUAUUUCAUAUUAACAACAUGUAUAUCUUAUCAUAGGACUUAGUAACUCAUAAUUACAACAGCUGUUACUAUCAGAUGACAAACUCAUAAUUACAAGCUGAUUCCCUCAUACUUACGAAAUAGGAUCUCAUUAUUUUCACAUAUUUUCUCACAAUUAUGAGAUACAGAUGUGGUAAUUGUGAGAUAUUUAGUAAUAGUUCAGGGGUAAUGUUGUAAUUUGCCUUUGGUGAAUGCAGUUCAUGUUUGUUCCAAAGCAUGGCUUAGUGUCUCCGAUUUUUGCAUUGUGCUGAAUUUUCCUGAAAGAAGCCAAUCGUUUUCCAUUUCUUUUAAUACAGGAUCAUCACAGCUAGCAUGUCUACAACAAUGAUAUAACAACAUUUAAACACAGAGCUGAUGUUCACUGUGAUGGAUUAUAAAGUGUCAGCUCUUUGUAAGUAGAUAUUGCUACUGUACACAUUCAAUGAAGUACAACUCCAUAAGCUUGGGAAGAUUAUCAGCAUGAGGUCAAGAAUGCAGUUAGGUGUAGGUUAAAAAGAAGAUGCACAAACACUGGUAUCAUUCUUUAAAUUGUGGCAAUAUUUCUAAAGAAUUGACUAAUAGUCCAGCAGGUUAUCCACACUGAAUUGGACCAUUGUCAGUGAAAAUGCCAAAAUGUCUGAACCCAGUUGUUGUGACGACGGCUGUUUCUGUUUUUUGUAGUCUUGUCUCAGUAGUUUCAUAGUGACACUGUUGACAGUGAUGAUGCCACACUGCCUUUUUCAUUUUCUGAGCACCGUUACUGGGGCAUCAUCUCAGCCUGAUGACUGAUGACAGUAUAUGGAAAGUAAAUAGAUGGGUCCCAGUCUCAUACUGUAUACUAAUACUAUGACAUAACCAUGUUGUAAUAAUGUUGACAGUGCAAUUUUCUAACAAUGGAAAAAAAGGAAAUUUAUACUGACAGGAAAUCAGAUGUAAUUCUUAACCAUGCUAGCAACUUGAGUGAUGGCAGUGUUGGUCAGUUGGUCCACCACUUUGAUCUAGACUGAAAUAUCUCAACAAAUAAUUGAUGGAUCCAUGAAAUUUGGUUCGGACAUUCAUGACUCACUGAGUUCGAAUUGUAACAACUGUUUUUUUUCUCUAGUUCCAUUAUCAUGUCAACAUUUCUGUUUGUCCUGUUGGUUUUAUGACCAGAUCCCUGCAGAGCUAAAAACAUUCCCAUCAGUCUCAGCUGCACUGUGUUAAUACUGAUAGGCAAAUGUUAGCAUGCUAACAGGCUAGACUAAUAUGGUGAACAUGAUAAACAUCAUGCUGAACAUCAGCAUGUUAGCACUUUCACUGAACAUGUUAACAUGCUGACUGUAGCAUUUAGCUCAAAAAGCCAUUGUGCUGAAGUCCAGCCUCACUGAGCUGCUAGCAUGGCUGUCAGCUCUUCUCUGUUGUCUGAACUGACAAAUCACUGUUCAUAAUAAAGUCUUCCAGGGGUGAUGUUUUUCUGUAGGCCAGUGCGGAAGUUAGCAUCACCCUGGUUCCCUUGUCAAAAAAGUCUGAGAAUUAUAAGAUAAUAAGCUCUAUGACAAACAAACAUUUAUGAUCCUUGCACAUUUUGUUCAGCAAGUGAAAAGUGGUGUUCACAAAUAUUAAAAUACUUUUAUGAUUUUUGAAGCGUACAUUCAGUCAAGCAAAAUGCUAAUGUUAGACUAUAAACAAACUACACCACAGUCGCAUGACUUAAUGUUGCCACCACAACAAGGCUGUAAAGUCAUGUUUGGCGUGAUGACAUUCUGUAGUCUCAUUUAGUCAUUUGUUAGUAACCGCCUUUCUUAAGAGAUGUAAAAGUCUCUUCAGCAUGUGUUAACCACAGACCUUAUUUCAGGCAUCUAACCAAAAACCCACUGACUUUCAGACGAGGGAACCGGGAGUGCUAACAUCCUAAUUCAUUUCUGAGUUUCAGGAUUAAUUCCUGGGGUUCUCUAUUGUUUCACUAUUUGUGUAACAACGGUGUCCAUCGAUGCAUAAAAAUGUGUUAAUUUUAGUCUGACUGUUGACGGUUUUAACUGUACCUCACUUUGUGAUUGUUUUCCAACAUGUGAACAUUCCACAAAGUCGUUAGAAUUAGUGUACAGUAUGCAAAUGGGACACAGCUUUUAUCUACAGGGAGGAGGGCUCAGGUUUCUAAUUUACAAUGUGCCAACCCUGUUUAUCUCCAUAGACUGACUUAGAUGUUCUUAGCAACACUGUGUCUUGAGAAUCAAAUCGGUAUUAGCUGUGCUUUUAAAGAUGUAAGCAUCAUUACAGAGGUUUCAGGCCAUCGCUUAAAAAAUAAAUUUGAGUUAUGAGGAAAAAGUAACUUCUAAAAUUAAUUGCAGAAUCAUGUUAAUGUUAGAAAUGGGAUUAGAAUAAUCAGAAUUUGGGCGAAAAAAAUUGAUUUAGAAAUAAUAAAAUAAUUAUUUGUGAACUCAUCUUAAAGGUUCAGUAUGUCAUUUUGGAGAAAGGUAGUUAUUUGUUGAGUAUCAUUCCCAAAUUGUCAAAUACUGAUGCUUUGGGUUGGCGGUUUGGUCCAACUACCAACCCAUGGUCAUCUGCAUUCGAGACUUGGGAGUGAGACUCAGUGAGCUUACUUUCUCCCACUGCAACACAUUCUCAUCCCAGCUCGUCGCUUUGUCAGUGAACCUACAUGUCUAAAUAUGACGUGCAAGGUACCCCUCUGCAUCAGGUUUGGACUAUCAGGGACGGCAUGUGAAUUUAUGUCUGUUAAAUGCGUUGUGGCUUUUCAACUACAUUUCCAUUUUCACAGGAAAUUUACAAUUUCUGCUCGUAAGAGGCAUAGCCUUUUCAAAAUAAACUUGCAACAAAUGUCAAACACUACGUUUUUAGGUUUAUUUUCGGAGGUUUAGCCAACAAACCUCCAUGGUUAUGUUUAGGCAACAAAACUCUAUGGUUAGGUUUUGGAUGUGGACAAAAGGGUGUGGUUUAGUUUAGAAAAAAAAUCAUGGUUUGGCUUAAAAUUCAUACAGGAAACAAACAGCAGGCUUCCACAGGCUCCCAGGUGAAGGUCUGGUGUUUGUUGGACCAAUCUUCCUCCCUUCCUGCCCUAUAUGAACCAAGUUGCGACCUUCGAGGCUGAAAAAAGAGGCCAAUGCAAAAGUGCCAAAAACUGCAAUUCACUGAAUGGUGAAAUGAAGAAAUAAACAUGUAUACUUUUUUGUUUUUUAAACUAAUACAGCUUAGGUCUCUAUAGCUAUUUCAACACUCAUGACAAGUUCAAUGUUUUUUUAUUUCUCACUUGUUUACAUUCUAUCAAGGCCCAAAGUUAUGCAUAUUUAAGGGCAGGGCUGCUUGAAUGGCAGGCUGUCUGCGAGGUGUCAGUGCAGUCUAUGAGUCAGAUGCACCCCUUGCUCCUCCACAGCUUCACCCUAUCAUCCAAAUAUGGUCACGUCUGGCUCCAAACAGCUAAGAUGGUGGCGGCCAAAAUGCUGAACUGGAGGCUUCAAACAACAGCCGCUCUGUAUAUCAUGGUAGUUGCCGGUGAUGUUGCAACCGCCAGGUCCAUAUCAUACAGCUGCAAAAGGUGCCUCAGAUGCCGACAUCACUGACAAAUCAGCGAUAUUUGACGAGAUGGGAGUGAGAACAGGCUGUUUCUUCAGAAUGCUUCCUGAACCUUUAAUCUCUGAAUUUAGUAUUCAGGGAUUAAUCUCAGAACAGAUUUUUUUUUCCACCAGCCCUAAUCCUAAUGCAUCUUAAAUGGAUAUUUACUGAAGGCAGUGAUGACUUACUGAUGCACUGUUGUGUCCCUGAGAAGAAAUGACAUCCAGAUAGUUUCAGCUGUUAGAAGUGAGAGGGGAUCAGAUAACUAGCUAGCCGUUUAUUAUGUUCAGUUUGGAUGUUUAGUUCUUAAUACAGCAUACAAUAAGCAACUGACUGCAGUGUCACUGGAAUCAUUAUAUAGGAUUGAUGUCGCGUGUGGGGGGUUGUCACUCACUGUUUGUAUUGUUUAUGUAUAUUAUGGCUUCCACUGUGUUCAAUGUCUUUACCACUAUUAGUUUCUGAAAGACUGCAGCGAUCUGCAUCUAUACCUCUGCAUCUAUAAAGCAUCUCACAGUGUUUAAGUGCCUCAAGGUUUGAUAGUAACAGAGAUGCAAUAAGACAUAGAUGAGAUACUUUAUUUAAGAAUGAAGAGAGUGUGAAGCAGUGGAAAACCACUGCAGCAUGCUGUAUAUGUAUAUUUUUUUCCCUCCAUAAUCUUGAUCAAUUGUGCAGCAUUGGAAACAAAAUAUUUUAUUCUUUUUUUUUCUUUUCUAAAAUAUAUUUCCAGGAAUUCUGGUGUCAAAUAUAUACAAACUAUUAAAAAUGUGUUUAAAGAUGA